ACCCAAAGGGUCAUUGCUCUGCAAUAGAUUCCCAAGAAAAUAAUCAGGUUGAGACAAAGGCUCGAAACUCUGCUUCCUCAAAAUUACCAGAUACCGAAGUAAGUAUACCUACAUCUAGCCACCUUGUGUCUGCCUCUGACAAUAAAUCUCGCCCUCCUAUCUCUAUUUUACCCGAUGAUCCAAAAGAGAAACAAAAACAUGUUAUCAAAAUGAUACUGGAGCAGUUUCGAAAUUUGUCUUUAAAAUAUAGUACCGGGGAUAGCGAUUACUUUGACUGUUCAACGACCUGCCCUAUAUGUAAUAAAGACCAUAAAAAAGAAAAUAUAAGAGAUAAUGUAAAAGGUGAAUGGAGUAGUGGUGAUUUUGUCAAUACAAAAACUUAUCGCCUCAAAUGCUGGGAGGCUUAUCAAAAUCCAAUCCAAAUAAUAACAGUGAAAGCAUAG